UUGGGUUCGGUCGCGAGUUCGAUCCGGUUCGACUCAGCUUGAAACGACGAGUCGGCCACGAGGGACCAGCUCCGCUUCGGUGCCACUGGAGGAAAGCCGAGAGCAGCCAAGAGAGGACGGAGCGACGAACGGAAGCGAAGGGCUUGUUUCCAUCGCUCCGUCGGUGGAUCGCAAGCCAACCGCCUCAAUCGAUCGCCGCGGCGGAUAUUAGGAGGGGUCGCGUGGACAGAGAGGGCGUCGUAGGGCUCGAUCGCGGGCGCGAUGGAGAGGAGAGAAGGAGAAGAAGAUGAGGAGCAGAAGAAGGAGGAGGCGCGAGCCGGCGCUGGAGGGAAGAUGACUCGGCGACCGUUCCGGCUGAGGGCGCCGCCAACGCCGUACGAUCGCCCGCCGGCUGCUGGGGGGAAGGAGCGGCGGGAGGGGGACGGCUGGGUCUCCAAGAUCCUCGUUCGGCCUGCUUCUACGAUAAUCCCUUCCCUCUUCUCCCCCUCCCCGUCCGCCGCCUCCAAUCAAGACUACCCCCCGCUCUCCGAAUCCUUCCCCGGAACCAGGCAAGAUGAUGCUGGUAGGGUUUCCUCUCCUGAUAACCAAGUACUACAGGCAAAGGAUCGAGGUGUUUUUGCUGAAAAAUCCCAGCCUUUUGGUGAUCCAGAGGUCCAUCAGCUUUCAGGCGAUGAAGCCAGAAAUGUGUGUGAUAGUGGUGGGAUUGCUGAAGUUGAACAGUGGCUUAAGCAGAAAACAUUUUCUAGGCAACAGUCCAACUGUUUAGUGAAGUUACUGUUGUCAAGGACUAGAGAUCUUUCCCAUGAUGAUCGACCAGCUGCAGGUUUUGUUACAAAAGCUGAUGGCACAUUGAACCUAAAGGCUCCAAGGAAAUCUGCACAGUCUGCUGUGCUGCCUGAGCAGCGGAUAACACCAAAGCCUCGGGAAGCUUCUGAAAUGAGAGUAGCACAUGAUGUUGGUUCUUCACCAGUUGAAAUUGCCAAAGCCUACAUGGAAGCUCUAGCAAAUGAAUCUAACCACAACUCUCAUGAUGGAAUAUUAGAGCUUGAGAAAGCAACGUUUGACAAUUGUGCGUCUGCAUCAGACAUGUCCUACUCAUCAGAUGUAAAGUUGCCUAUAUGUUGGCCAGGAGCAUUUGUGGAGAGCAGUUAUCGUUAUCGUACUCCUCAAACUCAUAGGACAAAGGUUGAGCCAUACAAAUUUCAAAGGACUCCUUACUAUGGUUCAAUUUUCUCAAGAUCGAAGUUUCAAGCUGGUGAUCAGAGUCCACAAAUUGUUCCAUUGUCUAGGUGGAAAAGAUCUACUACUUUUGGUGGUGUAAUGGUUCCCGAGAAGUAUAAUGAAUCAACACCUUCCAAAGAAUUUGGCACUUCAAAUCUUUCUAAUUUUCGCUUAAUGUCAUCAGCAACUUCAAAUGAUAAGAACUUGCCAUCCCCUUUGGGGAUGACAUCUGAGAAAGAUUCAUUGGCAUCUAGCUUGAACUUCCAGACUGCUGAAGGUUCCAAAUACAAUAUUGGUCCUUCAUCUGUUCAUCCAAAAUCCAGUCAAAUGGCUCGGAAAAUAUUAGAACACCUUGAUAGAACAGUUCCUUCGCCCAAAGAGAAAAUGGUACAGUUGAAGCUGGAAAAAACAGGGACCAAAGAUUUCUUGAACUCUGCUUGUUUAGCUAUGGAUGGGCGUGAGAAGAGAACUGAUGUGAGUAUCAUUGCUGAUGACAAGCCAAACUCACUCAGUAUGGAUACUGCUGCAGCAGAAGAGGCUACAACCAGGCUAAUAAUGGACAAUAAUCAUGAUAAGAGACCAUCCAUUACUCCGAAUAGCACCAAUCAGAGCAUAUUGAGGGCCAUGGAGAAAACUUCUGAAGGCUUCGCGUUCACAUUUCCUGUUUCCACUCCGAUAAAUGCUCCUUCCCAAGCACCACCAACGCCUACCAUGACCUCAUCGCCAGCAGUUUGCAGAAUGCUUAGCAACACUGAAGAUACCAUUCCAUCGUUUACCUUUAGCUCACCUAGAGCGGACAACGGCCUUGUUUUCUCCUUCGGAUCCAUUUCAAGCCCGACUUUGACGGACACUACCACCCUGCAAUUUAAGUUUGGAUCUGAAAAGCAGCGAAACUUAUCUUUCAGUUCUACCAGCAAAGAUACCUUUGGGCUUUGGGUUGGUAGUUGAUGGUUUUCCCUUCGAGUAGGUAUUAUGGUUAGGAUAGGUUGUCGAUAUCCAUACAGCAUGUUGUAACUACAGUUAAUUGGUUCUAAGCGGACCAUGGAGUGUGCUUCGUCAAGCUACAAAUUGGGAAAACAUCUUGUCCCUUUUUUCUCAAAAGAAUGUUAAAGAUGAUGUUUACCAAAGUUGGAACACAAAUUGUUGUGGUACUUGCCUUCAAAACUGUCCAUGAGCAGCUUUCUUUCUUACGUAUGAAUUGUGAGUUGA